AUGGGGUCUGGAUACAACGUGGGGACUGGAAUACAAGUGGGGAUGGAUAAAACGUGGGGACUGGAUACAACGUGGGGUCUGGAUACAACGUGGGGACUGGAUACAACGUGGGGACUGGAUACAACGUGGGGACUGGAUACACGUGGGGACUGGAUACAGCGUGGGGACUGGAUACAAGUGGGGACUGGAUACAACGUGGGGACUGGAUACAACGUGGGAACUGGAUACAACGUGGGGACUGGAUACAACGUGGGGACUGGAUACAACGUGGGGACUGGAUACAACGUGGGGACUGGAUACAACGUGGGGACUUGGAUACAACGUGGGGACUGGAUACAAGUGGGAACUGGAUACAACAUGGGGACUGAUACAACGUGGGACUGGAUACAACGUGGGGACUGGAUACAACGUGGGGACUGA